UUUCUGUGCAAGUGUAACUCGAAACUGUUGUAAAGUGCUGUGUUUUUGUAUAAAAAAUCGUUUAAAAAUACAUUAGUAUGGCUUGUGGGUCUGAAUGUCUGUCGGUGGGUCCGCCGCCGGACAGCAUCCUACGCAUGCCGCCUCCUCCGUUGCCGGCCUUCCUGGCCAGCGCCAGCGCCGCCAACCUGACGCCACCGUGCAAGGCCGCGCGCUGUCCUCCUCAUCUCAACAACGAGGUCAACGCGCUCUUCCCCGGGGUCGAGUACCAUGAGCUGCCGAGACAUGAGCCUGCGGGUUACGACGACACGUGGUUCCUGGUGCUGAUCACAUGCUGCAUCGCCGUCCUCUGCAUCGCCGCUCUGCUCGCGCUCUUCCUGCUCAAGUGCAGAGAAGCACGUGGCGGUUGUAAGAGCGGCACGGGCAAGGCCAGCGGCUCCAAUGCGCUGUACGGCAGCGCCGCCCUGGACUCCCGCGUCCUCUGGGCGGCGCUCACUCCGCGCGGCACGCGACACUUCGUCGCCGACACCUACCCUCACGACGAGACCGAAGACCAUCACUACGAGUGUGUCGAGCCCCCGCUAUACAAACUGGGACCUCCAGACGAUCUCGCCAUCACUAGACACUUCAACGUCGAAUACGAAGACCCGGCACCUCUCAUCGAAAGCUACUCCGAUAGAACAGAGGAGUACUUCAGGAACGGAAUGGAUACACUGCGUAGAACUAGACCACUGGUCUCCUCGCCUACCAGGAUCGAAAGACCCAACCUUCCUCCUUUGAACCUCCAGCCGAGAACCCUCCGCCGGGCGCCGCACUCGAGGCGCGUCAGUGACGCCAACAAUUCGGAGAAGUCGGCCAUCUGAAGCGAGGGAGGCGCGGUCUUCUCCGUCGCCGAUACAACAGAUAUAGAUUACGAGUGGCAGUCUAUCGCAGACUCCAACGUAGACCGCCUCGUGUGAGAAUAUAACACUUCUCAACACUUCAAAUCAAAAACUUUUCAAUUUAGUGAACCCAUAUUCGUGUUUUAGCAAUUUUCACAAGAUGUUUUAAUGCUUCGGAUAAAUAACAUAAU